UUGAACCGAUAUGGAUGUAAAUACCCUGAAAUUAAAGGUGACAGUCUGUACCUUAACCUCAUUUUUAUUGUUUCAUUUCAAAUCCACUGUGCUGGAAUACAGAGCCAAAAGAGCGGAAAUACUUCCCGACCUCACUGUGGAACAGGCGGCAGUGAUGGAGCAGCGGUCUGAGCGGGGGCCCCUGGCUCGGCCCCCGGUCCCCAGGCCCAGCGAGGCGGAUCAGGCCCGGCGGCUGAACGAGGUGUGGAGGUACCUGGAGGACAGAGGGCUGCAGCGGUGUGCUGAGGCCCUGUGUGUGGAUGCUCUGCGGGACCCGCGCUCCGCCCCGGCCAACCCGUACCCAGCCUUCACACAGCGGCUGUGCCAGCUCGCUCAGAGGGGCAGGUUGAGACUGAGCAAGUCGAGCAGCGAUGAGGCCUUCAGGAGGGCAGUGUCUUUCCCCACGACUCUCACGGCAGUCAGACAUGUUGCAGGUGCUAAAGGCUGCUCCCAUGUAUGGGGCCUUCCCAGCAUCCUCCGCUGCGUCAGCCCCCAGGAGAUGGGGCGCUACCGCUGGCUGCUGGAGGAUGUCACCCCUCCGCUCUCCAACAUGGGGCACCACAGCCCGUACACUGUGAGUGGGGAUUGUGAGCGCCCCGUCUGCGUUGGCCUCCUGCAGUCCGUCCCGGCCGAGCUGAAGGGCCUCCCUCCCUGUCUCUGUGCUGCAGGUCCAGGUGGCCUGUGGUCUCACUGGGCCCUGUGUGUUCACUGGCACCCUCCUCCCUGCGUCCCCCGCGCCCUGCCUGGACCUCCUGCAGACCUACAUCAUCACCGGGCCCCGCCCGGACCGCGCCCGCUCGCUCUACGCACAGCACCUGCGCCGUGA